AUGGCGCCCGCGUACUUCGCCGAUUUCCAUCCGUUCGAGAACCUCCUCGUCACGUUUGUGGGCUGCAACAUGUUCUGUGAGGAGGAGAUCGAUAUCUCGGUCGAGGCCAUCGAGGACUUGAUUGGAGUCAUGGAGAAGGUGGCGUCCCAAUUGAAAGAGUGCGCAGUGGAUGAGUUCCCUCGCAUCAAGUCGGAGCAUGAGCACGCCAUCAAGCUCUUCUUCUGGACCAUGAGCUGCGACUGGAUGGUCUGGGAGCAAAGCAUCUACGACAAGCUGUACGAGGUCCUGGGCGUGAUGAAGCAGCCGGCCAACAAUUUCCAGCAGCUCUUCCCCGUGCUCCCGACGCUCGCUUACGGCAUGAGAUACUUCCUCCGAGCCAUGAUGCCCGGCUUCCACGACCCGCGCGAGCACCGCGAGCUCUUUAGUAGCAUGGCCCGCAUGGCGGCCCAGCUCUACGAUGAGACCUACCGCGACCACCCGACGCACGAGUGGGAGAGCUUGCCCGACGCGCACCCGAUCUUCGGUCUCGGGGGCUGCAUGCACCACUUCCAGGUUCACGACGGCAUCAGGAUCGGCUUCCGCAUCGAUCCGGCUUACGUGCAGGAGAAUCAGGAGUGGGAUAAGACGUGGAAGGUUUUCGGCCAUAAUGGGGCGGAGGUGGGAGACGUUUGGGCGUGUCAACAUGCGCUGUUGCGAGAUUGUGUACACGGUGAUAGGCAAUCGGGGGUUUCCGGCAACAGAGAAGAAGGUGCUUGGAGCGUGGUCGUCGGUGACAGACAGGGACAUGUUGACACUGGUGACCGAAUCAUCUACGAAAGCGCUGCAACCUUGUACACCGUCGCCGCCGGGUGUACUACACCCAAACGGACCGGGGCAGCUACUCUGUUCAAGUCCGCAUCCCAAAAGAAGCCCGUGAGAGUCUUCCGAAAAAGUGGGAGCUGCGGCCGGGUUGGGUAUCCCACCAAAGGACUGCGUUAUGACGGCCUCUACGAGCCAACCUUGGGGGGGCAGAAGCCCGAGCUGAAGCAGAAUGGUGAUCCCACUGGUAGAACCAUCUUUCUCUUCAUCCUGGACCGCUUGCCGGGACAGCCAGGCAUCGCUACCAAUCGUCCUACCGCAGCUGAGGCCGCCGUCUUUGGGGAGGUCAAGAGGGCUGCUGCUGAAUUCCUGGAAAGCUAA